GCGACCGCUUGAGGUCUCUCUACUGAAGGGCGUUAAAUACACGAGUCCUGCAUUGAGACAAACUAACCAUACUUCAGUCACCAGCUCACGGGGUUUGAGGUCAUAUUUUCCGAUUAAUUUCAUAUCCGUUUAAUGUCGUUACCGCCGUCAAAGCUCUUGAAAAUGUUCCGUCAGUCAGGAAUCGCCUGAAGCGUGAUAUUUCGGGCGCUGGAGCUUCUUGUGACAUCACAGCCGAAUCCCAGCGGAAAACAGCGCAGCUUUCUGUGUUCAUCAGUCUGAAAGGUCCGAAUGUUCAGCAUGGCUUCGGGAGAACCACACAGACGCCGGCUUCAGGAGAUUCUGGACAGACCUGGGAAUGGGUGCUGCUCUGACUGCGGGGCUCAAGGUCCAGAGUGGGCUUCCUUCACCUUGGGUGUCUUCAUAUGUCAGAACUGCUCAGGCAUCCAUCGCAGCAUUCCUCAGAUCAGCAGAGUCAAAUCUGUCUUCAUUGACCCCUGGGAGAAAUCAGAGUUGGAGUUGAUGGCCUCCAUCGGCAACAGUUCUUCAAAAGGCAAAUAUGAACAGAUGGUGCCAGCGUUCUACUAUUCCCCAAAACACACAGACUGUCAGGUGCUGCGGGAACAGUGGAUCCGAGCCAAAUAUGAGAGGAAUGAGUUUAUUUAUGUGGAGAGACAAGAGCCAUACUCAGCAGGUUAUCGUGAGGGGUUUCUAUGGAAACGAGGGCGAGACAAUGGCCAGUUUCUCAGUCGAAAAUUUAUUCUUUCAGAGCGAGAGGGAGCAAUGAAGUAUUUCAACAAGCAUGAUGCUAGGGAACCUAAAGCCUUGAUGAAGAUCCAAACCAUUAAUGCCACCUUUCAGCCGACCAAAAUUGGCCACCCUCACGGUCUCCAGAUCACCUACCUGAAGGACAACAGCACCAGGAAUAUUUUUGUGUACCACGAGGAUGGAAAGGAAAUAGUCGACUGGUUCAAUGCCAUACGAGCUGCUAGGUUCCAUUACUUACAAGUUGCUUUUCCUGGAGCCCCUGAUACUGAACUGGUGCCCAAACUGACAAGGAACUAUAUUAAGGAGGGUUUUAUGGAGAAGACAGGUCCAAAGCAAACAGAGGGUUUUAAAAAACGUUGGUUCACUCUGGAUGACAGGAGGCUCAUGUACUUUAAAGACCCCUUGGAUGCCUAUGCACGAGGGGAAGUGUUCAUUGGCAGUAAGGAAAGUGGCUACACUGUAGUACCAGGCCUGCCCCUGUCCACUCAGGGCUACCACUGGCAGUUUGGCAUCACCAUUGUGACCCCAGACAGAAAAUUCCUCUUUGCUUGUGAAACAGAGGCAGAACAGAAAGAUUGGAUGGCUGUAUUUCAGAGUGUUAUGAACAAACCCAUGCUACCACAGGAGUAUGCAGUGGAGGCUCGCUUCAAGCAUAAGCCCUGAUCCUUUCUGGGAAUCGAGCUCAGAGAUGCUAUGAAAGCCUGUAGCAACUCACAGCACCAAAGCCUAUCAUAAUGGUGUGCAGAGAGAAACAGCGACAACAGCUUCAGAAUACUUUGAUGGGCCGAUACAAUGACUGUGCAAACUCUGCUUUAAAAUUCUGCAUACUAGCACAUCCAUGUUUUAUCCCAGUUGCUUUAAGUAAAUAAUAAGUCUUUCCUGGCAAAGAUGUUAUUUGAUGGUGACAUUAAGUAAAAGUGACACAGAAAUGAGCAGGGGACUCAUUUAUAAGACUUUGCAUGAAUUCUAGAGGGAAUGUUUGUACGCACAUAAAAAAGGAAAUUGCUGCAAAAAUUGCUUUUUAUAAAACCUUGCAUCCGUACACCUGCCCACCGUUUAUGCUUUAGAAAUCACAGUAAACUUGAAAAUAAGCCCAAGGUUUAAAAAAAAAAAGCCUUUUCUUUCUUUUUUUUGAGAUUGUCAAUAUAAUUAAUAUAAAAUAAUCAAUAAGUGGAGAGGUGCAUGUUGGUCUUUCUUUUUUCUUUCUUUUUUCUUUUUUUCAAAUGCAGGUUAUUUUAUUCUAGUAACGAACACAUCAGUUGUAAGUGCUGCACCACCAAAUUAAUUUUAAAGCUAAUUGAUUGUAUGGAUAUUUAUAUUGUGGUUCUCCUGACAACAUUGUUUAACACCUAUUAGGCUGAGGAUUACUAGCCUACAGGCUACACCUUAUAAGUCAUUGUAUUUUGUUGUGAGCAGCCCUGUGGGACAGCAUUUAAUUAUAUAUUUAGUAGUAUUAAAUGCCACAUUUAUUGAAUUUUUAUUUUUUUAUUAUAUUUUUUUUUUAACACAGACUUCUUAAACAAGUGAAAAUGUUUUGGCUAGCAUCUUAUAAACAUUCGGUUGGUGAGGCCUUCUAACAACUCAACAUAGUCGCCGUACUAUAGACAAUAUAUCCUAUACAUAUAUGUGAAAUUACUUCACAGCUGAUAAUACUAAUAUAUAAUGCUUUACUAUUUCACCUCAUCAAAAAUGUAAAGCAUUAAUGCUUUUUAUGUUUAAGAAGCCUGUUAUGCAGUGUAACCAUGAUUCCUGUUGUUUCUAGCAUUGCUCUACACGUGAGUUAAAGCUAUAAAUAUACACUCAAGUAUUUCCUGCCAAGUAUUUCUUUAUGUAUCCUGGUUUCUCUGUAUGAGUUUCCGUACGCAUAUUCCAGAUCCAUUUCUGUGCUUACGCAGUCUUUAUAAAUGAGGCCCCAUGUCAGAACAUAUUGAUACAAUGGAUUAAAUUUUGACUGUAUUACAACUCAUAUUUAUCACCUGAGAGACAUGCAAACUUGCCAGGCCAAUGUGUCCAGUAAAACUCCUCAUAUUUAUUUAUUUAUUUGUGUGUUGUGUUGUGUUGCGAUGGGAGUCUUGUAUACUUGUUUGAGCACUGAAGAAAGACAUUAAAGGAACAUUUUGACAAUAGAAACAAUAUUAUACACUAAAACUGAUGAGCUUUGUGUAUAAUCUGUGCAUAAAUCUAUUUUAAUGAAAAA